AUGCCUAGUGCCUCAGGCUUAACCUAUACCUUCAAGUUCCUGCAUGGAAUGGAGUGCGAUAAGAGGCACGACGGAAACGCAAAAGACAAACGACGGAAUACAUCUCCCCUUCCACAAUCCCAGCAAUUGACGGAAGGAACUAUUGGCCAGUGCCAUAGGUCUCGCCAAAUGGUAGUCUUGCAAAGGCUUGAUAUCAAUUCCAGCCAUGGGACGAGAAAGUCCGACAGGACAAUCACACAGGCCGACUGGUGGUUGAAAGCUUGUGUUCGCGUACUGUUGCAAUGGCCAAGUCUCAUCCAUCGACGAUUAUACGCAUCAGCCUACAAGAAGUUCCUCUCCCAAAGCAUCUACGGCCUCAGCAGUGCUGAGGCAAUACGUCCACCUGCACAACACAAACCUUCAGACGAACAAUCAUACUUGCCACGAAAUGGCGUUGAAUAUUCCGGAUAUCAUACAAAUCCAAUCGCGGGUGUCGUAUGCGCCGACCUAUUCGCCAAGUCUUCGUCAAUUCACCAGGGAUGCAAUGUUGGGCGGAACCCUAGCUACUUCACAAUCCCAGUUCCCUUGGCUAUCCAUUUACCGUCAAGCAAGAGGGGCCGAUGA